GGCAUUAGAUGCCAAAAUCCCCGAUUUUGCCUGCCCAAUUUGAUUUUGCAGCCCCUCCCUUUAAAACCACCUGCUUCUUUCUCGACCUCUCCCUUCUGCUUUCUUCUUACACAGAAGAGACGAGAAGAUCUACUCUUUUAACACCCUGAAAAAACAAAUCGGAAAUUCAUCCUCCUUGUCUCCUCCCACUUUCCACCUACUCCACAGCAGCCCCGAGAUAUAUAAAAAUAACCCAAAGAAAGGCAAGCCACGCGAGAUUGUUCAUAUUCUUCUGGUUGGUCUGGGAUUAGUUAACUACACAUUUGCGUAACUGGAGAGGGCUUUUUCUGGUGUUGUUGAUUUCGUGCUCUGUUAUUCUUUCUUCCUUCCUUCCUUCCUCAUCCGCGUGUCUUUGUCUACUCAUCCUCCAUCCCCCGGCGCAUUCUUUAUUUUCUCGUGGUGGUUCAACUCCCUCCGCCCUAACCAGUUUGAUCCUGAAAGCUUGCCUGCCCCUUUUCUUCACAAAGUUCCAGUCUUUUUUACGUGUUCGACCUGUCCAUUAGAGGAACUGGGGGUUUGUUCGAAUUGGGUAAUCAAUCGGCUUGCUUGAUUUGGAAAGUCGCGUAGUUUGCCACUCUUUUUGGAACUGUGCUCGUUUCUGGAACAAUAAUUUCGGAGGUAGAGGGGAUGAUUCUGAAGUUGAGCCCUCCUCAUCAGCCAGGGUAGGGAAACUGUUCUUUUUUUGUGUGUGUUCUGCGUUUUGGAGAAAUGGGUCGCCGUUAAAGUUGGAGCGGAAACGAGCGUUAGUGUCUUCCCCGCCACACCCAAUGGAUCUGGAGACGGGAGCUCAUCGUAAUCAUCUUAAGAAGGAAUCAUGGCGGACGGUGUUGACUCUGGCGUACCAAAGCCUAGGAGUGGUGUAUGGAGACUUGAGCACAUCGCCGCUGUACGUCUACAAGAGCACAUUUGCGGAAGAUAUUACGCACUCGGAGACGAACGAAGAGAUCUUUGGGGUUCUGUCAUUCGUCUUCUGGACACUCACCCUCGUCCCUCUCUUGAAAUACGUGUUCAUAGUUCUCAGAGCCGACGACAAUGGCGAAGGAGGGACGUUUGCCCUCUACUCGCUGCUGUGUCGGCACGCCCGAGUCAACGCGCUCCCCAAUCGGCAGGUGGCGGAUGAGGAUCUGUCCGAGUACAAGAAGAAGGACAACCUUAUUGCUACUUCCGGCUCGAAAACCCCGAGUUUUGGGUCGAGCUUGAAAUCGACUCUGGAGAAACACAGGGUGCUGCAGAGGAUCUUGCUGGUUUUGGCCUUGAUUGGGACUUGUAUGGUCAUUGGCGAUGGCGUUCUCACCCCUGCCCUUUCUGUUUUCUCUGCAGUCUCGGGGGUUGAGCUUUCAUUGUCAAAGGAGCAUCACAAAUAUGUAGAACUCCCAGCUUCAUGCGCUAUACUUAUAGCGUUGUUUGCCCUACAACAUUAUGGGACCCACCGGGUCGGAUUCUUGUUCGCACCAGUGGUUCUGAUAUGGCUUCUGUGCAUCAGUGGGAUUGGGAUAUACAAUAUUGUGCACUGGAAUCCCCAUAUCUACAAAGCACUAUCACCAUAUUACAUGUACAAGUUCCUGAAGAAAACUCAAAAGGGUGGAUGGAUGUCAUUAGGAGGGAUUUUGUUGUGCAUAACAGGCUCAGAAGCUAUGUUCGCAGAUCUGGGGCACUUUUCUCAGUUGUCCAUCAAGAUCGCUUUUACCUCUUUGGUUUAUCCGUCGUUGAUCCUUGCUUACAUGGGACAGGCUGCAUAUCUAUCGACGCACCAUGUGAUAGAAAGUGAUUACCAAAUUGGUUUCUAUGUAUCUGUACCUGAUAAACUAAGGUGGCCAGUUCUUGUCAUAGCCAUACUUGCUGCAGUGGUGGGCAGCCAAGCAAUCAUCACAGGGACUUUCUCAAUCAUUAAACAGUGUUCAUCCCUGGGUUGCUUCCCUAAAGUCAAAAUAGUCCACACGUCAUCCAAAGUCCACGGCCAGAUCUACAUCCCUGAGAUAAACUGGACUCUAAUGCUGCUUUGUUUGGCUGUUACAAUCGGUUUCAGAGACACCAAACGCCUGGGAAAUGCUUCAGGUUUGGCGGUUAUUACAGUUAUGCUGGUCACAACCUGCCUAAUGUCUCUGGUAAUCGUCUUAUGCUGGGAAAAGAGCGUGUUUCUAGCAAUAGGCUUCGUGUUCUUCUUUGGCACGAUUGAAGCGCUUUACUUCUCAGCUUCCCUCAUCAAAUUUCUGCAAGGAGCCUGGGUACCCAUUGCACUGGCAUUCAUAUUCCUGCUCAUCAUGUGCGUGUGGCACUAUGGCUCACUAAAGAAGUACGAAUUCGAUGUCCAAAACAAGGUCUCCAUCAACUGGCUGCUUAGUUUGGGUCCUAGCCUUGGCAUUGUUCGAGUAAGAGGGAUAGGCCUCAUCCACACCGAGCUUGUGUCGGGAAUUCCUGCAAUCUUCUCCCACUUUGUCACCAACCUUCCAGCAUUCCACCAAGUCCUGGUGUUCCUCUGCAUUAAAUCAGUCCCCGUCCCCCAUGUGGGACCCGAGGAACGGUUCCUAAUAGGCCACAUCGGCCCAAGAGAGUACAGGCUGUACCGGUGCAUAGUCAGAUAUGGGUACCGUGAUGUCCACAAAGAUGACACAGAGUUCGAAAAGGAUCUGGUUUGCAGCAUAGCAGAAUUCAUACGAGCUGGGAGCACUGAAUUCAAUGCUGACAUGCCAAAAGAAGAAGAUGACAAGAUGACAGUGGUGGGUACUUGCUCAUCUAACGCUGCUGGGAUACGAUUGAGGGAGGAGGACAACGAAGAAAUAGAACAAGACCCUGGAACCUCAGAGCAACGGGAGAUAAAGUCACCACCUCCAGCAAUGCAACUGAAGAAACGAGUAAGAUUCAUCGUCCCGGAGAGCCCCGAGAUUGAUAAAGCUGCAAGGGAAGAGUUGCAGGAACUCAUGGAAGCCAGGGAAGCAGGGGUUGCGUACAUACUCGGGAACUCGUACGUCAGGGCAAAGCAAGGAUCCAGCAUGUUGAAGAAGUUUGUGAUAAACUAUGGGUACGAGUUCUUGAGGAGGAACAGUAGGGGCCCUACACAUGCCCUUACUGUACCUCAUGCAUCUACCUUAGAAGUAGGGAUGAUAUACAAUGUCUGAAAGAGAAAGUUUUGACCUACUGAUGCCAGUUCUUAGAGGUGUGUCUGUGUCUGUAUUUAUAUGUACAUCCUGUAAUCUUUUGAGCUUGUUAUAAUGGAUACAAGUGGGAAGCAAGCCCACCAUAUGUUAGAAAAUGGUGGGAUCAUAAUCAUACUUACUACGUAUAAAAAGCAGUUCUUGUACAAUUUGUGGAAUUCCUUCCAACUUCAUCGUUAUCAAAUUUCAACCUGACAAUGACCGAG